CCUUAAAGCCGCAGCCCGGGUAGGAGCCGCAGUGGCGGCAGCAGCAGCGGCCAGUGCCAGGCGCCGUUGGCUGCAGCGCUUCGUUUCGGAGCGCUGACUGGAUGCGGCAGAGCCUCUCCCGCUACCCCCAGGCACCAAGCCCCGCCGGAGUCCGCGUCCCUCGCCGCGCAGCAGCCGGCGCCCAGGGCUGGCAGGAUGUUUGACAAGACGCGGCUGCCCUUCGUGUUCCUGGAUGUGGUCUGCGUGGUGCUGGCUGGCUUACCCCUGGGUGUUCUAAACUUGGCCAAAAUAAAGCCGUAUCAGAGAGGCUUUUUCUGUAAUGAUGACAGCAUCAAGUAUCCAUUCCAUGACAGUACCGUCACAUCCACUGUCCUAUAUGCAGUGGGGUUCACCCUGCCCAUUUUCUCUAUAAUCGUAGGAGAAGGCCUGUCUGUCUAUUAUAACUGUUUGCACUCGAAUUCGUUUGUCAGAAAUAACUACAUAGCCACUAUUUACAAAGCCAUUGGGACCUUCAUUUUUGGUGCAGCGGCUAGCCAAUCCCUGACGGACAUUGCCAAGUACUCCAUAGGUAGACUGCGACCCCACUUCCUGGCUAUAUGCCAACCAGAUUGGACACGAGUCAACUGCAGUCUAGGUUACAUUGAAAACUUCCCAUGUCAAGGAGACAAAGUACAAGUUAAUGAGGGAAGACUCUCAUUUUACUCUGGGCAUUCUUCAUUCUCCAUGUACUGCAUGCUGUUCCUAGCACUUUAUCUUCAGGCCAGAAUGAAAGGAGAUUGGGCAAGACUUGUACGUCCCACAGUGCAAUUUGGUCUCAUUGCCGCAUCUAUCUACGUGGGUCUCUCCCGUGUUUCUGAUUACAAACAUCACUGGAGUGAUGUGUUGACUGGACUCCUUCAGGGAGCGGUGGUAGCUGUGCUCAUCGUGGUGUACGUAUCAGAUUUUUUCAAAGUGAGGGGAUGUACGUUUAAACCCAAAGAAGAAGAUUCGCAUACAACUCUCCAUGAGACACCAACAAAUGGAAAUCACUAUGGCAGUAAUCACCAACCAUGAAGAAUUGCUGAGCAUGAUCCUGUGAAGUCUCCUGCUUUCUAAAAGAAAAAUGAUUUUAAUGAGUCUCCCUAUGUAAAAUAAAUAAAUGCCUUUAAGGGACUGCUGCUGCUAUAUCUCUUGGAUGCUCACUUUACAUGUAUAUAGUAACAUAACAGCAUUGUGUAUAUCUAAUAGCUUUAAAAAUCUUUAAUUCUAUUAGUUCAAGCUUACUGCUUAUAAAAACACAAAUGUAAUUUUUUUAUUAAAAUAACAUGGUAACACUUAUGUACAAACAGCACUGUGUAUGUAAUAUGCUUUGCUAGAAUGCUUCCUGUUUUAAAUGCAUACACCAUUAAAUAUCUGUCUUGGGGGUGAAGAUGGCAAACUGG